UGCUCAUCUGCCUUAGCCAUGGAGGAAAAUUAACACGAAAACCUAAGGGCGAUAGGAGCAGGUCUUUCACUAAAUACCAGAUCAUAGACGAGUGCCGGCCUGAUCCCACCGUUAGAUGCUGACGUGGACCUCCAAUUCAGGACACGAGAAAUGCGCGGAUUCCUUACUUUAGCAACAGCUUUCCCUCGGCGCCUAACGCAGGCCAGGUACUGAGCCUAUGCUCAUGUCAGACCCUUUUGAAACAUGGCGACUCCGGCGGCGCGGAAUCUUGCUGAGGCAGAGAGAGUUGCUCUGGAUAAGUGUCAAAACUUCUUAGGGCAAGCGGUUGUGCGAAGCGAGUCAUUGUCAUUCCAGGGAGAGCCGGACGCAGCAAGAUGCGCUCGGCACUGUCCGUCUAGCAUUCUCAACAUGCACGUGCCUGCUAUCGUAGGCAGGCCCCAGCUUGAGGCGACCCUAUCAGCCUCGGGGAAGUCAUUGGACGCAUUGUACGAGGUAUCCGAGAUCGUUCACCUGGAGUUUCCGCCUGGGUACACGCUCCAUUGCCUACGACACAAGUGCUCCGUAUGGGACACCGGUACAAGCUGCAUCGUCAGACUUUUCUCGUCGGACAUCAGCCUGGAAACAAGGAACCAUCUAGAGCGGUCCCUCACAAGCGGGGACCCGCACAUGAAAGAUGGGGAGUAUUACCACAUGAUUCGCAUGUAUAGUGGUGCUCUCAACCGGCACGGUCAAACAUGUUUGCUUGAUUUGGAGAAAAGAACCCAGUGGCUUGAGGAAUUAUUUCAAAGGAAGGGUAAGCGCCGGGAUGGGGGCAGCAGUAGCUACGACAAGCUGAUCCAGCUUACACGGAACGCGGACUGGUACCCCUUCUUCGACAUGCUUCAAUGCACACCAGCAUUAUACGCCGGUCUCAACUUGUCCUUGAUCGGGAGAAUGAUGUCUAUGGAGCUCAUCUGCCGGAUCAAACACCUGAAAGCUUUCUGGGACAGAGUGCUAGAUAACCACAGCAUCUUAAAGGCCAAGCUCGACACAUUCAGCCUCCACAAGGUUCAAGGUACAGCCCCUGGUGCCUUUGAAGCCGACAAAAGCAACCUUCGGUCCCUGAUUCGCGACGGUAGGGUCUUCGGAGCCUACAGCCAACCCGAGAGGGAGCGCAUAUGGAACAAUCUCUGUGAUCAGACCAGGGAGCAGCUGGUCCCCUCACUAUGGGGCAUUUUUGAGGACGUCAACUAUUUGCAUAAGGUCUCGCGCUGCAUGAAGCUGCUUGUUGACUUCCGCGAUCAUUCUUGGCAGCGGGCUCUGAGAAAUAGCUUCGUUGCCGCAGAACCUGACAGAGAUUGGGUACAGGUGUCGGACAACAUAUGCAAAGCCAUUCGCCCGCAAGGGUUGGACCGCUUCCAAGUGGCUUAUCGUCAGCUGUGGCUGUUCCUCUUGCGCGAGUGGGAAGAUCUACAACCAGUAUCAGAAAAGAAGUGCGCGGGGCCUGGUUCAACCGGUCCCAACCCUGCCAAACUCAUAGCCUUCGCCCGCCUCGCUCAUCGUCUUGGCUUUCGGUCGCCAGAUAUCGAGCGGAUAAUAGAGCAGGAUCCUUACGUCGCCCUCGCUACCAAGUUCUUUCACACAAUCAAAUUGCCGGGUUUCCAGGAGAGUGCGAACUUCGCGCGCUGCGCCCAAGAAGUAGCGCGCCUGUGCGCGCUGGCCUGGGUAGAAGAAGGUGGUUCUGUCCGUACUAGACAUCUUUCGAAGGGGGGUGAUGUUGAAGGAAGGCUGAUCGAGAGCCUAAGAGUUCCGAAAAGAUCGGGAAACCCCUGGCAACAUCACCACGCUCGAGAUAGCACCUCCACUUUUCUGGGUAUACUCGAAAACCCCGUCAGUAAUUCCACAGGCGACGUAACAUCGCUGUUUGUCCGGCGAUCGCUCUAUCUGAGUCUUUUCCCCACCAGAUUAGAGCCUCGGCUAAGUGCUUGCAUGGCUCUAUCGGAAGAAUCCAUCGAGCUGAACAAGAAUAUCUUUCAUGGGCAACAACACCUUUCGAGCAGCUUGAACGAGGCCAGUAUGAAAGUGCAGGACAUGGAACAGAUAAUUGAUGAGCAGAGACGAAACGAAGAGGCAGAACUCUUCCAAAGUCUUCAGGAAAAUGACGUGGCAGAGCUCAGAGAGACCUUGAAACUGCUCGAGGCCAAAAACGCAGAGCUCGAGCGUUCCGAGACCGAGCUCAGUUGCACGCUGAGCGAGGAGGUCACGAACCGUGAGAAGGCUGACGAUCAGCUGCAGGUCCUCCGUAUGAAGCUCCUGGAGACAGAGGGUCAGCUUCAAGCCGAAAACGAGAGACUAAAAGUUGCUGAAGAUCAGGCUAAGGCUAAAGCAGGAGUGCAGGAUGCUAAGGUCAAGCUUGACGCAGAAAACUCGGGGCUGCGGAAUGAUAAGGCUAAGACCAAACUUGAAGCCGAGAACUCGGCAUUGCGGGAUGGCGGAGCCAUGCUUGAGGCUGAACAUACAGAGCUCAAGGAGGCUAAGACCAAACUUGAGAAAAGGAGUGACAAGAUUUUGAAAGAAUUGGAAUAUGCAGCCAAGAUCCUUUUUGAGAAAGGUCUACAAAUCAGGCUAAUAGAUUUGCAUGUGCGCUCGGGCGACAGACAGGAAGGACACGUGGAGAUGUGCGAUGAGGACAAGUUUAUGCGAAUGUGUCAGCAAUGGCAGAACGCUAACUUCAACCUCACUGACGAAGACAAAAGAAUAAUCGAUCACACUGACUUCAAGAAUCUUAAGUUUCCGGGAGAAGGGCGGCAGAUAAUAUACGCCACGAAGAAAAGACUAGGCGAAACGCAGUUAGCAUUACCCGCAAAACGGAUAGCCAAAGGCCAUUAUGAUGAAAUACUAUAG